CUCUCUCUCUCUCUCUCUCUCUCUCUCCGUUUUCGUACUUACUUUGUUCAUCAGCUGUUGGUGGAUCGAUUGAGUUUUAUCGUCAGCUUGAAAGGCUGCUGAACAAGAAGAAGUAAUCGUGGUUGUCUGCUGAUUUCUGUUCGUUUCGGUUUUCGUUUCAAUCUUCUACUUGCCUAGGGUUCUACGGACGUUAUUAUUUCUGAUUCUACUCGAGUUCUUCAACUGAGGUUGACACAUAUGGCGAAUCGAGUGAAGGAGGAUGAGAAGAACGAACGGAUUAUUCGCGGUCUUCUGAAACUGCAGGAGAAUCGCCGGUGCAUCAACUGCAACAGCCUGGGACCACAGUACGUCUGCACAACUUUCUGGACGUUUGUUUGCACAACCUGUAGUGGAAUACACCGCGAGUUCACACACCGAGUAAAAUCAGUAUCAAUGGCCAAAUUUACUUCUCAAGAAGUUAGCGCUCUUCAAGAAGGAGGAAAUCAGCGUGCAAAGGAAAUUUACUUUAAAGAGUUGGAUCCACAACGUCAUUCUUUUCCUGACAGCAGUAACGUUAUGAGACUCAGAGACUUUAUCAAGCAUGUUUAUGUGGACAGAAGAUAUAGUGGCGAUAAAAAUUUUGACAAGCCACCUAGGGGGAAAUCGGGUGAGAAAGAGGACUUUUAUGAAACCAGGAGAACAGAUACAUAUCAAGGUGGUUCUAGAAGCCCACCAUAUGAAGACCGCCGUUACAAUGAAAAGUCUAGUCCUGGGGGAAGAAACUUUGAUGAGAGAAGAAGUCCAGGGUCUGAUCAUGAUAAUCGGCAGUUUGGUGAUUUUAGGAGAAGUCCUGCUCGUCCUGAGGUUGUAAGUGAUUGGCGUCGAGAAGAUAGGUUUGGAAAUGGUAAAAAAGUAGAAGAUGGAAGAUUAUCUGAUGGAGAUUCAAAAAUUGGAGGCAGGUCACCUGAGCGACCAAAUGACCUGGAUGCUUCCAGUCCCCCCAUGGUGCGACCUGUUAGGGAUAUUUUGGGGGAGAACAUAUCCCCACUACGUGUAAUUGAACCACCAAAAAGUAGUGGUAGUAGCAAGGUUGCUGAUAGCUCGGUGCAUAAGCAGAGAACCGCUUCUUCCAGUAGCUUAGGGUCCAUCAGUGAGAAUGUCGUUGAAACUAAAUUGGAACCUUCUGGAAGUUUAAUUGAUUUUGAUGCAGAGCCUGAACCUAUUACUUCAGCAGUUCCACAGCCACCACAAAGUUCUGCUCCACAAUCUGUAACACACACAGCGAACUCUAAAAGCGACAACAAUUGGGCCUCAUUUGAUGUUGCCCCACAGGCACCUCCUGCUCCUGCUAAUGUUGGCACAUUAGAGUCUGUACUUUCCCAAUUGUCAGUUUCAGGAUCACAUGCUGCUACUGGUGCUGUACUGACUGCACCGGUAGGCAACAUGACAAUGUUACCAACUGGUUUUCCUCCCUCUUUUGGAUCAGGAGGGAACAUUCAUAUGCCUCUUCCCUUUGCUGGCGGAGCACCUUCAGUUGCACCAGGGGCUGGCUUGUCAACAUUUCCUCCAUCAGGGCAAUGGUCUAAUAUGCAGCCACAGACACAUUCUUUAUUUCCUGGUGGUAAUUCUCAGUCUGUGGGUCAACAGUUUCCACCAUCAAUCGACAGAUCCAUCAAUCACAUGCCAUGGAAUCCUUCACUCUCCGUUAACUCCCAAGGACCUCCAAGUAAUCCAGCAGCACACACACCCCAAGAUUUUUCGACCCCUCCGCAGGCUAUAGCCUCUGGUGUACCACAAUCUUCUGCACCCGAAGUAAAGCCAAGCGGGAGAAAAGAAUUGCCAGCCGAUCUUUUUGCGUUUAAUUACUCAUCCUACCCUGCACCAGUUCCAGGGUGGCAUACUGUUCCGCCACACCACAUGGUAUAUGCAAUGCCGUAUAAUUCUGCAACGCCCGUCCCAAGUUUUCCACAAUCUUCAACAUCUACAAAUCCAUUUGAUCUCAGCCCCGAACAAUCUCAGUUUCCUUCCAUGGCACCAUUGCCAAAUCCUGGGCAGCCUGCAUCAAAUUUAACAACUACGCCCGGCUACGGUAAUCAUCCCACAUCAACAUGGAUGCCACACCAGCCACCAUCUAACUUACUGCAGCCGCAGUUCCCUCCCCAGGCGCCACAUGCAUCUACAAUGCCUUCAGGGCCGCCUUAUAUGGGACAGCAAGUAGCCCAACCUUAUAGGCAUCCUGGACUUGGCAACUACGGUCACGAGGGAGCCGCUCAUAUGUACACAGAUAUGGGCCAGCAGACAGCCGUUAGAUUCUCAACACCCUCUACUCCGAACCCUUUCUCAUCCACCACCGGAGGUAACCCAUUUGGCUAGUGGGAGAAUGGAAUAGCCUGGCAUUGUCUAAAUUGGUCUCGCCAACAAAUCCCUCGGUGAAAAAAGUUUUGGGGGAGAUCGAUCUUAAGGAAGAAAGAAAGAGAGAGGAGUCAGAAAAUAUAGGAGGCUCAAGUUCAACCCAGAUUUGCAUCAAUGGAGGGGCCCACAACUAUUUCUCUAGGCUACGAUGGUAAUUUUAGGUGUUAGUAAGGGUUUCUUUCGAUCGGGUUAUUUGUUUUUUAUUUUAUUUUAUUUUAUUUUGUUAAUUACAUAAUUUGUUCAUUGUUGUGAGUUUAUGAUAUAUAAGCUGUUGUAGCAGACACGGAUCAAAUUGCAGGCUUUGCAGCGACGGUUCAUCUGUUGAAAUUCA